CUAAAAUGAGCCCGGUGAGCUCACCACCCUAAGUAUGAUGGGUGAGUUUUAUACAGAGGGUGUCAGACAGAACAGAAGCAUCAGAGAGCAGGGACAGCACACAGCCAUCUGAGGUGACUGCCAUAAACCACAUUCACGGAAAAAGAUGAUGAUGAUGAUGCAGCCGGGUCUGGAUAACGCGACCAGACUCAAAAUUAUGCAAGCCCAAGCACUGUGCAAAGAGGCCAGAGGAGAUCAUCUGAACUUGGGAAAGAAGAUCAGCAUCCCUAAAGAUGUGAUGAUGGAAGAGCUUAAUGUUCCAAACCGUAACCGUGGCUCCCGCAUGUUUCAGGAGAGACAGAAACGUGUGGAGAAGUUCACUCUGGAAAAUAACUCUAACGCUCCCCAGUACAUUAUCAAUGUCCCAGCAGAAGCGAUACCCCCUGAACACUUCACACCAGAGCCACAAGUAGGAAAAGAAAACCAGACAUUCUCAAUGCCUGGCAAACAUAGUCUGGUUAUGAACCUUCAGAAGACCGUAGCAAAGAAGGGUAGUCCAGGCGUCCUUGCUCCAGGUUACUCUGGGCCUCUGAAGGAAAUUCCCCAUGAAAGGUUCAACACAACAGUGAUCCCUAAAUCUUACUGUUCCCCUUGGAGGCAAGCUCUGGCCAGCAACGAGGAGCUCCUAAACACCCUCAACAGCCAACUGCCCGAGAACCCACAAGGGCAACAGCCUGCCAACUACAGGAGCUUUAACAGAGCUGCUGUGCCGUUUGGGGGCAUGAUGGCGAGCAGGAGGGUGGUACCAGUGAUCGGGUUCGAAGCUGUGGAAUCGCAGACACUGCCAGGAGCCGCUUUAGACCACAUGUGCCAAAGGCCCAACUUUAACAGAGCACCCAGGGGAUGGGGCAUCAAUUACAGUCCUGAAUCUAAUGAACUAUGAAAAGUGCUAAUAAGCUUAGGACUAAGGCACUGACCGACUGCCUUUCCUCCUCUUCUCUCUCCCUUUUCCACUGGCAGAGCAAUGAAACUGUCUACUAUUCAGUGGUGCAACCCACAGGGACCGUCUGAAAGGCCAACAAAGCAUAUAUAAGCAAAUUAAAUGACUUACAAAAUACAUAAGAUGACAAAAUUGGGAGGUUUAAUGACAAAUUCAAACUACAGCUAUUAGAAACUAAACCCAUAGUGGACAUUUACAAUGGUUUAAAAUAAAAAAAUUAGAAUGAAUAAAAAUUAAGAUAAAAUUGUUUGCCAGAUACUCCCAAUGUAACAAAUGUUACACCCUGGCUUUGUACAUAAGCUCCUGAUGUUAGAGCAAUAAUUGGCCCAACAACUCUGGCCAGCUCAUGUCUAGUACCAUCUUACCAUGUCAAAGCCUGUUUAAAUGCUGUUGGUACAUUUGUUUUGGCUCAAUUUUCCACCAACCAAAGAACACUGGGCACUGUAACCGCAGGUGCUAUAACAGUUCAGGCUGUGUGUUUGUAGCAGAUGUUUGCUAAACCCAUCUGUCUAAUCAGGCCAGGCACAUUACACUGAUUUCAUUGUUCAUGACGUGAGCCGUGAGCGGAGUGGGCACCCAUGCGCUGAGGGUCCUGGGAUGGAUAGUGGAUUUGACCAGGAGGUCUCAUACCAAUAGGAGGGGGCAUAGGUGGAGCCAUUGGACCCAUAGCAUGGAACAUUGGUGGUCCAAAACCUGAAGGGGAAAAAAACAUAUUAAACAGAACUCUGUAUAAAUGUUUUUUUUUUUUACAAAAUUCUUUUUAAGUUUGUAGACUUACCUGGUGGAGGUGGGUUCAUGCCUGGAGGUGGGGGCAUUGUUAUGUUCAUAACAGCAGGAGAGCUGUUGGGGUCCAGGUUAAAGUAGUUUGCUGACGUCUCUUCAUCAAGUGGUGGUGGAGGGGGCAAAGCUAUAAGAAGCUGGGUUUCAAUAUUUAUGUUUCAUUCUGAAAUGUCACAA